CGGAGCCGAGCAGGGAGAGGGGGAGGAGGAGGUGAGAGGCGGGAUGGAGACCUGGAGUUAGGUGGCUUCCUGGAGAGAGAAGUGGGGGUAUGGAUUAGAAACCCAGAGGUAGCCCCCGAGGCAAGCCGAAGGCAGAGGGGAGCCGGGCGAUCUGGAAGCAGAGGGCAGGGGAGGGUUGGGGAAAGGAGAGGACGGAGGAGGCGCGGAGAAGGGAGAGGAGUGGAGUGGGCUGGGAGGGUCUCGGUCCCCGCUGCCUUGGCAUUUGGGGAACUGGGGCUCCCUGUGGGAAAGAGAGGAAGCCUGGAAGUCCUGGAGGGACAGGGUCCCAGAAACAGGGGAGGGAGGAGCUGAGAGGGCAGGGCAUAGGGAAGGGGUCGCUGGGAGGCCUCCGAGGGAUGGGGGGUGCGGCUCGGCUGAGCGCCCCUCGAGCGCUGGUACUCUGGGCCGCACUGGGAGCGGCAGCGCACAUCGGACCCGCACCUGACCCCGAGGACUGGUGGAGCUACAAGGAUAAUCUCCAGGGAAACUUCGUGCCAGGGCCUCCCUUCUGGGGCCUGGUGAACGCGGCCUGGAGUCUGUGUGCCGUCGGGAAGAGGCAGAGCCCUGUGGAUGUGGAGCUAAAGAGGGUCCUUUAUGACCCCUUUCUGCCCCCGCUGAGACUCAGCACUGGGGGAGAGAAGCUGCGGGGAACCCUGUACAACACUGGCCGCCAUGUCUCCUUCCUGCCUGCGCCCCGGCCCGUGGUCAACGUGUCUGGGGGUCCCUUGCUUUAUAGCCACCGACUCAGUGAACUGCGACUGCUGUUUGGAGCUCGAGACGGAGCGGGCUCUGAACACCAGAUCAACCACCAGGGCUUCUCUGCAGAGGUGCAGCUCAUUCACUUCAACCAAGAGCUCUACGGGAACCUCAGCGCUGCCUCCCGAGGCCCCAACGGGCUGGCCAUUCUCAGCCUCUUUGUCAAUGUGGCUGGUAGCUCCAACCCAUUCCUCAGCCGCCUCCUUAACCGGGACACCAUCACUCGCAUCUCCUACAAGAACGAUGCCUACUUUCUCCAAGACCUGAGCCUGGAGCUCCUAUUCCCCGAGUCCUUUGGCUUCAUCACCUAUCAGGGCUCUCUCAGCACCCCGCCCUGCUCGGAGACUGUCACCUGGAUCCUCAUUGACCGGGCCCUCAAUAUCACCUCCCUCCAGAUGCACUCCCUGAGACUCCUGAGCCAGAAUCCUCCAUCCCAGAUCUUCCAGAGCCUCAGCGGUAACGGCCGCCCCCUGCAGCCCUUGGCCCACCGGGCCUUGAGGGGCAACAGGGACCCCCGGCACCCCGAGAGGCGCUGCCGAGGCCCCAACUACCGCCUGCAUGGCCUGACCUCUCGGGACACACCCAGUCCUGUGGACCCAGACACAGUGGAGGUGCUGAUGACCUUUGAACCUGACCCAGCAGAUCUUGCCCUGUCAAGCAUUCCUGGCCAUGAGACCUUUGACCCUCGGAGACAUCGCUUCUCGGAGGAAGAACUGAAGCCCCAGCCAAUCAUGAAGAAGGCGAGGAAGAUCCAGGUGCCAGAGGAGCAGAAGGAUGAGAAGUAUUGGAGCCGGAGGUACAAGAACAACGAGGCAGCCAAGCGGUCCCGCGAUGCCCGGCGGCUCAAGGAGAACCAGAUAUCAGUGCGGGCGGCCUUCCUGGAGAAGGAGAAUGCCCUGCUGCGGCAGGAGGUGGUGGCCGUGCGCCAGGAGCUGUCCCACUAUCGCGCCGUGCUGUCCCGCUACCAGGCCCAGCACGGGGCGCUGUGAGGACGCCCCCACCCCCGCCGACGGAGCGCUACUCCGCCUCGCUAAGACUUGUGUCCUCUCCCCUUCCCGCCCUGUGGCCCACGGGCCGGCCAGCUGGGUGCCCCAGGGACGUGAUGAUGCAGAUUAAUACAUUUAUAUUUUUAAGAAAAAGCGAGCCUCCCCCCUCCACCGCGGGGGCGGGGAGGUGCUCUGUAUGUGCCUCAGGCACUUCGGGGACCCCAUCCUCCCAUCGCCUCCGGUAACACGAUCCUGAAUAAAUCUUGAGAACCCCAGA